GUGAGAUUUAUAUGAUUCGAUAGAACCUAAUAUUCGUUUUGAACGCAUGUUUUAUGUGAAGUAAUAAUUGGAAAUAAGCAUUGACUUUAUUGAGGGCAAACAUAAAUGAUCAUAAGCCCUAACUCAGGCUUAAAAUAAAAAUCAUAGCUAGCCCUGGUAACGAAAAGACCGAGGAGAAAAAAAUCGAUCGAUAUGAUAAAUUCCAGGAUUAUUUGACAUUUACAAGUAAGUAGGGCCUUAGUUACUUUCCCUGAGGGAAUGUCAAACAAUUGUGGCAACACUCUUCUCCUGAAAGUCAGAGCGCAUUUAGUAUUCAUUAUAUAUUACACACGCAUCUUUUAGAUUUCACUGCUCACUAAAAUGUCUGACGUUGAGGAACAAGAAGAUGAAAUUCAAUCAAAUGAAGAAGAAGUCUCAGAUGUGCUAUUUGAACAAGAUGCACUCAUCAUCCAAGAUGAUAUUGACAUAAUUUCCGGCGGUGACGACGAUGCAAAUGAUAACCUAGUUUUGGCUGAGGCUGAUUUUGACGGAAAAUCAGCGUUACGUGGUUUUGGGUACAACCUUUUAGCAAAUGAAGAUGGGUCGCUCAAAUAUCCUGAAGUGCAUUUGGACAAGGAAAUGAUUAGAACUGGGUUGUCGCAUAUUGCUCGUACGCUGGACACCUUCGAGUUUGCUUAUAGUCGAUAUGAUGGUCGAAAUAGGGCUCUUACAGAAAUUGAUAUUCUGGGACAAUAUGUUCACCUAAGAGCUGUUGACUUGAGCGGAAACAGAAUCAAAAGCUUCAAAAGUUUGGCUCCAAUGAAACAUCUCCUUGUUCUUCUUGUGAAUGAUAAUCAGAUGAUAUCCCUCGAGGAAAUACCUCAUCUUCCAUUUUUGCAGGCAUUAAGUGCUAAACGAAAUGGAUUAAAAAGUGCACAAGGUCUCUUUUCAAACUCAUUGACACAUUUACAACUUUCGUUCAACAAAAUUUCAAACUUGAUCCCGUUCGACGAUGCAACAUUUCCCAAUCUCACAGUUUUAGAACUUCGUGGAAAUAAUUUGCAAUCUUUAAAUGGACUCAACGUUCCAACUCUCAUUCGGCUUUUUGUGGCACAGAAUAAGCUUAAAAAUUUGAACGGAUUAAAAACAUGUACAAAUCUAACUCAUUUGCAUGCACGAGACAAUGUAAUUUCUACACUUGAAAAUUUUCCUCGUUUGGAGAAGUUGGAGUAUGUUAAUUUGCGGAACAAUUUGCUGAAACGAUUCUCACAAACGCAAUUCUUGGGAAACUCUCCCAAUAUCCGAACUCUAAUCGCAAUGGGAAAUCCUGUUGCUGAAUUAGAUGACUACAAGAUGGAGAUGAUUGCUGCGAAUCCUAACUUGAAGCGCCUGGACAAGCAGCCGAUCACGGAAAUUGACUUGGUUCAAGGUCGUCAGAUUCGAAGUGGACGAGAAAAGGGGAUACUUCCGCCGGUCAACGAUGACAGCGAAGUUUUGACACCACCCAUGCCGAGCAUGGAAGAUACCAUGGCCGAAGAGGAUGAGGAGGACGAAGAUGACGACGACAACGACGACGGGUCCCCGCCACCAGAAGACCCAGAGGAUCAAGAUAAAGAUCAAGAACCACCUCCACGCUCAUCCGGCGGCCCUGAGAUGGAUGUCGAGAUCAGAAAAGCGUCCACAUAGAGUUGACACAUUUGACCCCGUGUGCAUAUUUUUUUAUAAUUAAUUCCAGUUGUAGAAAGACAUUUCACAGCAAAUAAAUGUUGCUUAUAUUUUCACUGGGUAAUA